CUCGAAUUUCUCCUACUCUACACACAAUCGACUGAACCUCAAUUGCGAACUUUCGAAUCAAUCUACAUACCGCAAAUUACAAGCAUAUCAAUAUGCCUCAGUCAGCAGGAACAAAGGUCACCACGGACCCCGCCUGCAAGCAGGAGAUCCCCGAGGCAGUCGGUGUCGUCACAUCCGACUCGCUGGCAGCAGAGUCGCUCAAGGGCUCCGGCUCCUUCGGCGAGGGCAACCCACACGCUGCAGCGUCAAAACAGCCCUCCAAAUCCACAACGACCAACACCACCGACACAUCUGGAGCGACCACGCUCGCCCCAGCAGUCGAUGCGGAGGCACGUGAGGCGCAGGAAGGAUGGGGUGAGACGCAGCAGCUGAAUGCUGGCAAGGGAUUGGGCAAGGACGCUGGCGUUGGCCCGACCUACGCUACCAACGCCCACAGCUCUUCCACUGGAACUUCAGGAUUGUCUGGCGGUUCAUCAGGGCAAACCUCAGGUGGCGUGCCCAUCGCGCCGACCGGUGGUUACGCCGGCUCGGCUGAGCUCGCGCGGGAUCCGGCGGAGUUCAGGCCCAAGGGCAAGAACUUGAAGGAGGUUAGCGAUCUGGAGGGCAGGCAUGUGGACCCCGAGAUUGGCACAGAGAACGACCCGGGACGUGUGGCGGAGCAAGAUCUUCUGAAGCGGGAUGCGCGGUCGGGUGCCGAUGCAGCAAACCCCACGGAUACCAGCAAGCAGAAGGGCGACCACCCGUACAGCGCGCUGGGUGAAGAGGCCGCGUGAGGAGGCUCAUGGUUCGGAUAGUGAAAAAGCAAUGCCGGGGCUGGUCGGAUCGGGUUCAUAAGGAGUAAAUGCUCCCAUGGCUUUCAUGGCUUCAUGUAGAUGACGCGAUGAAUGUAUGCUCAAAGAUUCAAUCGCC